UCAAAUUUUAAACAAAUCGUGUACACAUUAUGGACAUUUGGGGAUCGUUGUUAGCUGGAUCGAAUUUUAAACAAAUCGUGUACACAUUAUGGACAUUUGGGGAUCGUUGUUAGCUGAUCAAUCAGAUUUUAAACGUCGCAGUCGUAUCGAGGGUCUAAGGCUAGAUCAGAUUUCAAACAUUCAAGUCGGUCGUGUUUACACGUGGGAUAAUCUUAGGUUUUAGUGCAGCUGUUUCUUAACUGGGAUUUGUGCUAGGAAUUGUGAAUAAUCGUGAACAAAAUGCUCUCUUAAAAUAUACAGAUACAGUUUGACCUCACCCCCACCAUGUCAACCAAGUCACCACGCAGGAACUCUACCAGGGACAACUCCCCAUCCAAAACACCGAAGUUGUCCCCCACAGCCCACAGAAAAAGUAUCUCGGGUGACUCCCUGCCCCCCAGACAUCUCAAGUCACCCCCCAAGUCUGGUAGAAAGUCUUCAGCCUCACACACUAUGACCAAACUACAGACCAAAGCUGCUCAAGAUGAGAGAAAGAAAAAAACAGCCCCUGCUCCAGAAAAAGUUCCAGAACUUCCUAAACUGACAGAAUCCGGUCUAAGGAUAGUGGACAUGUCAGGACAAGGGAUGACCAGUGUCCCAUCCUCCCUCAUAAACAGCAAAGACAUCGGCCACCUGAUCCUGUCCUCCAACAACCUGCGCUCCCUCCCCCCUGAGAUCAAACAGAUGACCACCCUGGAGAAGCUUGACCUCUCAAAGAACGGGCUCAAAUGUUCCAACAGCAACGACUUCUCUGGCCUCCCACAAGACAUGGCCCUGCUGACCAACCUGACAGAGCUCAACAUCUCAGAGUGUAAUCUCCCUUUUGUCCCACCUGCCAUCUUCAAGAUCUCCAGUCUCAAGGUGCUGGACCUCAGCAGGAAUAAGGUGAACAUCCUUCUGCCUGACAUAGGGCAGCUGAAGCAGCUGACCAAGCUGAGCCUCCAACAGACCAACAUCACCUCCCUGCCACCUGAGCUGGCCUACUGCCAGGACCUGGAGGAGAUCUACCUCUGGGGCAACACCAUAGAGACACUUCCUGAGACUCUGCCAGAGAUGCCCAGGCUCAGGGUGCUGGCACUCAACUACAGGAGUUUCUGCAGUGUGGUGGACACCCCCUACAUGGAGAACCUACUGAGGAAAGGUCAGAUCAAGUCUGAGCACAUCCCCAGCGUGGUCUUUGAGCUGCCAGCCAUUCAGAUCUUGGACCUGGAGAGCACCAAGCUCAACACACUCCCAGAGAUCUCCAACACACAGCUGCAGGAGUUUUAUCUCUCCAACAACUUUCUACAGACCAUCCCACCUGGUAUAUUCAAGCUCAGACAACUGCGCCUGCUUGACCUGUCCCACAAUUUACUGACAGAGCUGACGGACAGCAUAGGUGACCUUGUGGGGCUCAAGGUCCUGAGACUGGCCAACAACAGCCUGGAGGUCAUCCCAGCUACCCUGGGAAAUUUAAGCCUGCUGGAGGAACUCAAUCUAGCCAAGAACAGAAUAAAGGUCUUGCCAAGAGAAAUCAAAGAUCUGAAGGCACUGAAGAUUUUAAUUCUAGAGACCAACAGGCUGGAGGUCCUGCCAGAGGAAGUGUGUGGGCUAACACAGCUCCACACUCUGGACCUGACCAGCAAUGAGAUCAGGUCGCUGCCCAUACACCUCUUCCAGCUGACCAACCUGACCAAGGCCCACUGCUUUCACCAGAUGACCAAGUCAGGGCUGUGGCUUUACAAGAACCCCCUGGAGCAGCCACCCCCUGAGGUGUGGCGCACCCAGCGCCCGGAACAUAUAUUUGAGUACCUCAAGAAACUCCUGAUAAUGAACACAGUCAACCUGCAGAGGCAGAAGAUUGAGGUGCUGGGGGAAACUCAGAGUGGGAAGACAAGUCUGGUACAGUCAAUGACACAGAGGAAGUCCAUGCUGACUGGAGGACUGCGGGACAGGACACGACUUGUACAGCACACCAAGUGGGAGACUGAGAACAAAGUCAAGUUUGCCAUCCAUGACUUCGGGGGGGACAACACGUACCAGAUGCUUUAUAAAACAUUCCUAGACAGCACGUCUCUCAAGCUCAUAGUCUACAACGCAGCAACAUUCAGUGAGAAACAUUUCUACCACGCAGUUGGUCAGUGGCUGGAUCUGUUGAGUACAUGUACACCUGGCGCUGUGGUCAAAAUCAUCGGGACACACGUUGACCAGCUCAACUUUGAGGAAGACGACGACGAAACAAAAACAUUCUUUUCUUCAGAACAUGAACUCAAGCUGUUGUCCGCAGCGUCAGUUGACCUUGAUGGAGAGGAGGAAAAUGAUGCCUUCUCUGAGAGUGUCAACGACCAGAACAGCACAAGAAUCACCAGCACGCCUCUGGUGCCUGACCCCCCUCACCAUGAACUGGUGCGGGACAUGGUGGCCAGACACUUGAGCCAACAAGAGGAACAGUACCAGCAGCAGUUAAAAAUCAUUGAAAAAGACAUCGCCAAGCUGGAGAAAUCUGGCUCGUCUGAACUAACAGACAUUGAAGAAGCUGCUCUGAAAAUGUUGCGAGUCAGGCAGCAGAAAAUCAAAGACAUUCUCCUCCACCCACUGAGAAUCCUCCCUGGGGUGGCAUCAGUCAGCUCAGCAGACACACUUGAAGGCAUCCUGCCUCUGAUUGAUGAGCUGGAGCAUAUUGCGAUAGACAAAAGCUUGUUCCCACAUGCUCAGUCCCCAGUGCCUGGUCGCUGGAAACGUUUUGGGGCAGUGAUCAAACAAAGCAAAGGCUUCUAUGUUUACUGGGAGGACAUGGAGGUGACAGCACACAAGUUUGAUAUACAGGGGGAUGAACUCAAGGAAUGCAUCAAGUACCUCCACAAUACUGAUGAAGUCCUUUGGUAUGAUCAGCUCCCUGGGCUCUCUGAAAUCGUCUUCCACAAGCCAAGGUUCCUGGUGGAGAUCUUUGCCAGCCUAUUCAGGCAUGACAUAGCUGAGUUCUUGCAGUAUGAGAACAAAGUGUUCCUCAGCAGAGGGCGCCUCAAGCUGCACCAGUUCCAGGACACAGCAAACCUCUUCAUCCAGACUGGGCAGAUCUCCCGCCCACUGCUCAACUGUCUCUGGUUUGACCUCAACUUAAACAACGACAGUGUGGCGGAAUUAUUAGAGUUACUUCCCCUGUUUGACAUCUGUUUUGCCGUGCCAGAACCAGACGUGCCAACUGGCCCGCUGUACGCGCGUCCACUCCUUGUGCUGCCCUGGUACAACAGAGACACGGACACCUCCCCACUGCAGGAGGUCUGGCCUAAGGUCAGCGGGCACAAGGAACUAGCGGUCAUCUACGAGUUUGAGUUUCACUUCCCCCCUGAGAUCUUCUCCAGCGUGUCCGUCCAGCUGCAGGACGUGGUGGACGAGAGGAUGGACUGGAAGGACCACAUCUACGCCUGCAGUGAGACAGAGAAGCUGCUCCUUCAGCACUCCACCCAGGGGUCAACGACCCUCCUGACCGUGCUGGUUAGAGGGCCGGAGUUUGCUGGGGUCCAAGAUUUUAUGGAGGAGCUUGUGGACAUGAUCAACACACUGCUGCUCAAGUACCCCGGCCUCUACUGGAAGCUGACCAUACCCAUGGGGGCCAGCAGUCUCCAGCUGCUCAAACUGGGUGACAACGACGGGGCCAAAAACUACACCCCAGGACGCAGAGGAAGCCGACUCAUUAAACCAAUGUCUUUCAAAAGUUAACAUGCCAGGUGACAUUUACUACACUAACCAACUUGGUUUACAAAAAUUUCAUCAAGCAAACUAAAGCUGAACAGUAUUUGUUUAGUUUUAAAUCUGAAAACACUAAGUUACGUAAUAUAUUCACUAUUUAUAAAUGAAUAUAUUUUCUAAAGCCCUGGGCAUGAUUCUGAACUCAUUUUUCUUACUGCUAAACUGUGUAACAAACUCUGCAAUGAUUUGUGGAGUAGAUGACACUGUGUUGUGAUUUCAUAAGAUCAAAUAAAAGACUGUGAUAAGGACAUGUACAUAAAACAUAGCAAACUGUGAUAAUCUUUAAAAAGGCAACUGUUAAGGUGUUUGUAAUUUAAUGUUUCAAACUGUAAUUUACUGCAGUAUUGUUUCUAAAUAUUUAUUCUAGCAAAAUGUUUUAAUAACCUUGUAGCUUUGUAAGUUAUAAAUUAACAAAGUGCAUAUAAAAAUUAAAAGU